AUGACUGAUUCUUACAAGAUCCCAUCCACCAUGCAUGCCUUGCAGCUGGUUCGCUAUGGCCCAGCAGAGGAAGCCCUCAAAUACGUCGAGAUCAAGACACCUGCUAUUCGCAAUCCCAAUGACAUUUUGGUCAAGGUCAAAGCUGUUAGUGUCAAUCCUAUCGAAGCCAAAUACCGUGCAGGCAACGUGCCCGACAUGUUAUUCAAGAACCCACCCAAUAUCAUUGGAAGCGAUUAUGCGGGUAUUGUGGUAGCCAAGGGCUCGGCAGUCAAGGACUUUGAGAUUGGUGACGAAGUUUAUGGUGGUUUGAGUGUACCCAUUGGCCAAGAGUAUGGUGCAUAUGCUGAAUACCUUGUUACCACGCUCGGUAAAGGUGCCAUCGUGAAGAAACCAAGCAACAUGUCGUUUGAAGAAGCCGCUGCUGUUGGUAUUGCUGGUAUUACAUCCUUCCAAGGUAUUGUUGUUCUAGGAAACAUGCCUAUCAAGAGUAGUAGUGGAAAGAAAAUUCUCGUCAUUGGUGGCUCUGGUGGUGUUGGCACGUACGCUGUUCAACUUGGCAAGGCUACCGGUGCACAUGUGGUGGCCAUUUGCAGUGAAAGGAAUUCAGAGUUUGUGUCCAGCUUGGGUGCAGAUCGAACCGUUGCCUACAACCUGCAGCACGAGAUGGAUGAAUUGAAGAAGGAGGUGAAUAGCUAUGAUGCGAUCUUUGACUGCGUUGGUGGCGACGAUUAUUACAACCAAUUUGUGGGCUUGUUGAAGAAAGGAUCCGUUUACGCUACUGCUGUUGGUCCUCAAAUGCAUGCUGGUGCCGAAAAAGUCGGGUUCUUUGGUGGCCUCAAGAUGGGAUUAACCGUUUUGGGACGCUUAAUUGGUGGAUGUCGCCCAUAUCGUGUGGUGGUACACUUGCCCUGGGACCGAUUUGCUGGCGAGUUACAUCCACUUUUGGCCAAUGGUUCUAUAAAGAGCGUCCUUCGAGAUGAUCAGCUAUUUGAUCUUAAGGAUGGCGCCAAGGCACACUUGAAACUUGAAUCUCAUCGAACAGUGGGCAAGAUUGUCCUUCGCGUUUAA